UUUGUAAUUUGAUUCUAAUGUUAAUGCUGACACUGCGUCUGAUAACACUGUCCCUUUCCUCUGCUGCUCGAUCGAGUUGUAGAGCGGACGUGGCGAAGUGGGGCAGCCUCAUGGGCAGUAUGAGGCCACGCCCAUGCCAGGCCAGUCUUCUGCGCCUCGCGAGCCUGUCACCACGGUGGCACGACCAGGCGCCACAGUCCUUACUUGAGCACGUGCCGGAAAGGUAUUUUUGGAAUCUCUCGUCACUCACACAACCAGUACUAUGUUUUGGAAAGCUCUGGUGGUGUCGCUCCUGACGGUGAGCUGUGAAUGUCGAACUCUGGACGGUGGGAGGGGACCCACAUCAAGUUUUAAACCUCAGCAUCCAAUGGCAGGCAUGGCUGAGAAGGGCACUCAGAAUGGCGUCGCUGUGCACGGCCUGAAUGACAUUCAUGCUAUUGGGGUGGUAAAAGAAGGCGACGAGGAGCACUCCUCGGCAGGAGCUGAAUCUUCUGCUUCCUCCACAAGCGACACUGCUGAUGGAGUGACGGAACGUACCGACGCCGACUCGCCGGGAGAUGACGAGAGCGAUGAAGAAGAGCAGCAGGAGGAGGCGGUAACUUACGAACGCGUGGAGCCAGAACCAGAGGAAGAGGAUAACACCUUCGACGAAGACAUCUUUCACGGGGAGAACGAUCUGGUGGUGAUCAUGAGGCGCAUGUACGAAUCACUCACCAAGAGACUCAACUUGCUCAAGUCUCGAGUGACGAGUGUGGAGCAGACCACCAGGGACGUGCUCGCCCGGCUGACGGUGAUGGACUGUUCAGACCUGAAGCAAGGGACAAGUACGUCAGGCAUCUACACUUUCCACAUGGACCACAUUGGAAAGAGACCAGUCACCGUAUAUUGUGACAUGGAGACAGACGGCGGAGGCUGGACGGUGGUGCAGCGUCGACGACCUCACUCCACUGUAGUAGACUUCGAUCGCGAAUGGCAUGACUACAAAAUGGGCUUCGGCAACGCCAGCAUAGAUUAUUGGGUUGGGCUGGAGAAUCUGUACAUCUGGACGAACACGAAACACUAUGAAAUCCGCAUCGACUUGUCGGACUUCGAGGGCGAGACAGCAUACGCCAAGUACAACCGUUUCUACGUGGAGGACGAGGAUAACGGAUACCGAUUACACAUCUCGGGCUACAGCGGCACGGCAGGCGACUCCUUAACGAAUGAAGGCAAACGGGACAACUUCACAGCCGACGGUAUGAUGUUCACCACCCACGACGAGGAUCACGACACGUCACACGAGAUCAACUGCGCCAAGUACUGGAAGAUCGGCGGCUGGUGGUUCAACAGGUGCUCUUGGGCCAACCUGAAUGGCCCUUACAAUGAGCCUGGAGAGGGGGACGGCAUCGGCAUCAACUGGCACAUGUGGCGCAACAAGGAGUACCUGCGCUCGUCCACCAUGAUGAUCAGGCCGUCCAGGAACCCUUGACUUCCGUCUUCAUCCCAGUGCUGGCGUAAAAUUAACAGCUAAAGUGACUAAUUGUUGUGCUAGACGCUUCUAAGUCAGAUGUUCUUUAUUUUUAAUACUGAGAGUGGUCGUGUGUAUAAGCUCCGGAAUUGUGAUUUGGUCUAUUCCCGGAGUGGUUGAAACUGCAACCAUGGGGUGAAGUGGAGAAAAAAAGUGAGAUGUGUGGGCCAGUGGGAGGUGCUCAGGAGGUACGUCACUGCCAAACGAAAAUAAAUGGAUUAAAGAAACUGUAACCAGCUUAGCCGAUAUAUUUGAGGGCUAAUUAUAUACGAACUAUAUAGCACUACAUAUUUUUAUAACUCCUUUCACGAAAGUCAUGGAAAGUAAGAAAUGAAGAUUAUAAAGCUCGUCAUGGUUCUCCUUUUUUUCUUUUAUGGACAUAGAGUAGAAUUGAACAGGUAUGAAAGAUGUGCAACUUUAAUGUCGUAAAAUCCUGAAGUACAUUUUAGAAUUAAA